UGGCGUUUCUGUGUGUCCCCUGCGGGGCCGUGGCGGGGGCUUCCAGUGGGGACCUCGCGGGGCAGAAGGAAGGGACUAGGGCCGUGUGCAGCCAGCUCGGGCACCUCGAGGCGCGGGCUGCACCUUGGCAGGGCCGCGGCGGCCUCUGCCCCUCGAGCAUCCUGGGGGUGACAAGCGGACGCCAGCGCCCUCGAGUGCGGGGGACCCCGCGGGGCCGGCCUCUGACGGGGUGGGGCGGCUGUCCUCCCAAGGAGCUGGCCCAGAUCCGGAAGGAGGAGAAGGAGAAGAAGCGGCGCCGGCUGGAGAGCAUCGACUCGCUGCGACGCAUGGGCUACUCGGCGCCGGCGGCCAAGCGGGCCCUGCACCACGCGGGCGGCAACCUGGACGAGGCCCUGAAGUUCCUCCUCAGCAAUCCCCACCUGUGGUGGCUGCACGGCUCCGACCCCGACGCCGGCAGCCUGCAGGGAAGCCCCGCCCAGGAGAGCGUCGACCAGCUGGUGUACAUGGGCUUCGACGCGGCCGUGGCGGAGGCCGCGCUGCGCGUGUUCGGGGGCAACGUGCAGCUGGCGGCGCAGACCCUGGCGCACCACGGCGGGGCCCUGCCGCCCGACCUGCAGCUGUCGGAGGACGACUCCUCGUCCACGCCGUCCACGUCCCCCUCCGACUCUGCGGGAACCUCCAGCGCCUCCACGGACGAGGACAUGGAGCUGGAGGCCGUGAACGAGAUCCUGGAGGACAUCCCCGAGCACGAGGAGGACUACCUGGACUCCACGCUGGAGGACGAGGAGAUCAUCAUCGCCGAGUACCUCUCCUACGUGGAGAACAUCAAGUCCGCCCCGAAGGAGACCUAGACGACGGGCGCCCGUGCUGCAUUUCUGCUUAUAAAUCCCACCUUGGUGAAAAUCCUCACGCGGCCGUCCUUUUGUUCCCCUUGCUGUGGAUGGAUGGUGUUCGGGGGUGGGGGGGGCACGGGGACCCCGCAGGGGUGGAGACGCGGUGGACGGGGCGGGCGCUUGCUCUGGCCGCCUGCUGUCCUCGGGGCUCCCCACGCAGCCUCCCUGCCUCUCGCUUCCAGAGCACGGGAGAGGGGGUGCCCCUGGAGUUCCCGUGCCGCUCUCGUCAGAGGGCGUGGAGGGCCCCCCUCCCUGUGCCCGCGCCCCCUGCCAGCUUGGCCGUGCCGGCCAGCGCCACCCUUGCAGCUAGCACGCCACGCCGACCUGCGGAGGACGGACGGGGCCCCGUGGCCGGUGCUCUCGCCUCGAAACCGGCGGUUCAGUAAAGCGUGUGC